AUGACGCCAUCAAAAUUCCUUCAAGAAGCGUACAUGCUGAGCACUCUACAUCACUACAAUAUUCUGACACUCCGUGGUGUAGGCACAAGCCAAGAGCCUCUCCUUAUUGUCACUGAAUAUUUGAUUCAUGGUAAUUUGAUCAACUUUUUUAGUAGCACGAAGAAGGAAAACUUUAGUGUUGGCCUGAAAAUGAUUGAACAAGUGGCAUCUGGAAUGGCUUAUCUUGAGCGUGUGAAUUGUAUUCAUAGACGUAUUACGUCUCGUUCAAUCUUAAUUGGCGACAAAUUCCAUUGCAAGAUAGGAAGUUUCUCGUUAGCUCGAAGGUUGAAAGAAGGUGAAUUUGAAUAUAAAAUUCCACAAGGAGAGAGAGUACCUAUCAAAUGGUCUGCACCUGAGGUUCUUUCCGAAAAUAUAUAUUCCAUGAAAUCUGAUAUUUGGUCGUUUGGAAUUUUACAGUAUGAGAUUAUGAGCCACCAUACUCUUAAAAUGUCUAAUUCAAAUCUCAUAAAUACAGAAUACAAUUUGAACUGUCCUGAGGAUUGUCAAGAGGAACAUUAUAAACUCAUAGUUCAAUGUUGGAGUGGGAACCCUGAUUUGAGACCUUCUAUCAGCAUGUUUUUAAAUUUACACACUGCAAUUUAUAGCGUUGCUGACGUAGACAAAUUGGCUGAGAAUAAAAAAGUUGAUUCCAGCUUAGAUCUAAAUAAUGAAGAACUUUAUGUGGAUGUAGGAUCAGACCCACGAGAAGACAACAGCCAGAAACAAGGCCCCAAGGAAACUCCUUUUGACGAGGAAGACCCUUGUGAUGACCUGAGCGCUAUUGACGAGGAAGAAAUUUAUGAGAAAUUUACCUUUUAA